AUGCCACCACGAUUUUCUCCCCGUGUUCCGCGCGAACAUAUCAGCAAUCUUCCGCCAAUGACUCAACACGACCUUGAUGCCGCACGCAAAGAAUUUCCAGAGGAAAAGCUUCCAUCAAGAGCCCUGGAGAAGUAUGCGAAGAAGCAUUGGAUUGAAGAUCGUUACUUUUGGAAGGAUAAUUUUCGUUAUGUCUGCGGCUCUGAUGUUCAAUAUUUCACAGCUACCAUUCCUAGAUGCGAAAGGAAAAUUAGCUAUGACCCGAAGAGAAUAUACCACGUUGCUAAAAAUACUCCGACAUUAGCUAUGAUCGAUCGACCGAAGAAGAAAGGACUCCAGAAAUUGGUCGCACAUCAAAGUGAAGGCGGAUGGGCAUUGCCUCGAAAUCAUCAGCGGCACUUGUUAAACUUUCCUCAAGAAAUCAUCGAUGCAAUCUCCGGCUGGGUUUUGACAAUUGAGGAUCAUGCAAUAACUCCAGACGUCACAACAUCAGAUUGGGCACAGGUUUUUAAGUCUCAUAAGACCUAUUCCCUGGAUGGUGAACAGAGUCUUAAAUCAGAACUCAGCUUUAACACUAUUAUCACACAACCUUGCAAAGAUCAAGAAGGAAAAUACUUUGAGCUUCGAAAGGUAUAUCGCCCCAAGAUAGACGCGACUCUAUUGCGAGUGUGCAAAAGCUUCAGAGACAAUGCAACCAAGUUGUUGUAUAAGGAAAACGUAUUCCAUUUUACAACCAUGGAUUGGAGUGAAGCCGGUAGUCCCAUUUCUUGGAUUGAUCGCGAGAAUAUACGCAGCUGGAAUAUCGAGGGGAUCAUACAGCGCCCGUUGCAUGAAGUUCCAUUACUGUUCACACGAGUUCACGUGACAGAGCCAUUUGAAAGUUUCGAGCCCGACUCCUUUGCCGUUAAUGACGCUAUUCGCUUGAUUGAAAGCUCGGGGACUCCAGUACUCGAAGACUGUUGGGCUGCAUACAGCUAUCACGACCACUUUUUCCGCUUUCUCCAAGCGAUUGGCAAAGAGAAGGCUGGAAUGCUAAAGACUUUAAAAUUCAGUGGAACAGUCAUCCUACACAUGUGUGAGUUCAGCGGCUCUGCGCAUGCCCCCAAUGGUUUAACAAAAUCGUUGUGCUCUAAGGACCUGGUCGAUACCCUUCGUUUGUAUAUUCCGAUCAUCAAUAGGUUCUGUACCGGUUUGGAGAGGCUAGUGAUUGAAGUGCAGAAAGACCCCCACCAAGACUGGUCGUUACUACUUGACUUGGGUUCUUUGGACUCGGCCGAGAGUGUUCACCAACAGUACAUAACCUCCCUGCUCGAAGGAGAGCUCCGAAAACUCAAGACAGUAAAAACACUGGAAGUGUAUGAAUUGUUUGAGGUCGAGGACGCCGCCUCUGCAGCAGAGCCUUUAGUCGAUGACCCCGAGCCCAGAAAACUCAUGAAAAGAAAGAAGCUUGAUAUUGCAGAACCGACGAUAGUAUGGUUUAGGGAUAGAGCAAGCAAGUUGGGUAAUGGGAAAGGAGAAGAAUGA